AUGGAGAGCAGACAAGCGACGAGGAACACGAAGCUCAAUGUCUUUGUAUUGAUUGGUCUGAUACUAUUGAAUUCAAUCCAUCAAAUCUCAUCUCUCUCGGUUACGGUGGAGGAAGAAGAAUGCGUCCAAGAGUACGUCCUCUACGAAGGAGACACCGUCUCGGGAAACUUCGUCGUCGUCGACCAUGAUGUCUUCUGGGGACCAGAUCAUCCCGGUAUUGAUUUCUCGGUGACGUCACCUGCUGGGAACAUUGUACAGACAAUGAAAGGGACAUCAGGAGAUAAGUUUGAGUUUAAGGCACCGAGGAGUGGGAUGUACAAGUUUUGUUUCCACAAUCCUUACUCUACUCCUGAGACUGUCUCCUUUUACAUUCAUGUUGGUCAUAUUCCCAAUGAGCAUGAUUUAGCGAAAGACGAGCAUUUGGACCCGGUGAAUGUGAAGAUAGCUGAGCUGAGAGAGUCUUUGGAAUCUGUUGUUGCUGAGCAGAAGUAUUUGAAAGCACGUGAUACCCGUCACCGUCAUACUAAUGAGAGCACGAGGAAGCGAGUGAUAUUCUACACAGUAGGAGAGUACAUUUUCCUAGCAGCAGCAAGUGGUCUUCAGGUUCUCUACAUCCGCAAGCUCUUCAGCAAGUCUGUUGCAUACAACAGAGUUUGA